GAGUCAUAUAGAAAUGGUGAGGUCUUUCAAAAUAUGGGUGUACAAAGAAGGACAACCUCCAUUAUUUCACAUUGGACCGGUAAAUAACCUAUACUCGAUCGAGGGCCAAUUUAUCGACGAGAUGGAGAGUGGUCGUAGCCAUUUUCUAGCCCAUCGCCCCGAAGAUGCUACAACAUUUUUCAUUCCGGUUAGCAUAGUGAAAAUAAUCUUCAAUAUUUAUAGACCGCUCACCACUUAUUCCAGAGCUAGUCUCCAAAAAGUGGUGUCUGAUUACAUAACCGUGGUUGCGAAUAAAUACCCAUUUUGGAAUAGGAGCAUGGGGGCCGACCACUUCUUUGUUUCAUGCCAUGAUUGGGCACCUCAUGUUUCGACAGGCAAUCCGGAACUAUUCAAGAACUUUAUAAGAGUUCUAUGCAAUGCCAAUUCUUCCGAAGGGUUUAAAUUCACUAGAGAUGUUUCUCUUCCAGAAACCUUCAUACCCUUCGGGAGUCUUGGACCACAACAUACAAGCAUUGACACUCCGAGCAAUCGCACAAUUUUCGCUUUUUUUGCGGGAGGUGAGCAUGGGGACGUAAGGGAACAACUUUUCAAGUAUUGGAAAGAUAAAGACAAGGAAAUUCAAGUUCAUAGCUAUCUCCCAAAAAACAUAAAUUAUUAUGAAUCCUUAGGAAACACGAAGUUUUGUUUGUGUCCAAGUGGAUACGAAGUCGCGAGUCCUAGGAUUGUCGAGUCAAUACAUGCUGGUUGUGUACCUGUGAUUAUAUCAGAAGGUUACGUGCUUCCUUUUAGCGACACAUUAGAUUGGACAAAAUUCUCGUUUCAUCUGCCUGUUUCGAAGAUUCGACGUCUCAAGAAAAUGUUGAAAGGAAUUUCGAAGAAAGAAUACGAAGAAAAACGAAAGGCAGUUCUUCAAGUGCAACGACAUUUUGUGGUUAAUCGUCCGAGUAAACCAUUUGACCUAAUUCAUAUGGUUCUUCAUUCUAUAUGGCUUAGGAGGCUUAAUAUAGGCUUGCCAUUGUAAAACAUAUUUUAGA